GUUGGAAAACACUGGGCUAGGCUAAGGUUUCAGUGCAAUAUUAUGAUGCACAGGAACUACUGCCUCCUUGUGGUCUUUUCGUACCUUCAAACAGUUAUUUGUGUAUUUCCCUUGAAAUCAGGUGCUGACGACACCUCUUCGAGGAAACCUUGUUCACACCACUGCUGAAAAGGCGUCACCAGACCGGUUACCUUUAACUAGUGCUUUAAAGUGGGAGCGAUAAAGCAUGACGCCAAUAAGACCUCCUUGUCAGUCCAAGAUCUGUCAUUGAGCAGGGAAGGGAUUUUACUGUUUGGCAGGUUUCUACAUUGUGUAAAUUUCUAAAUUGAGAAUUCAGACUGAAGCUACCAAAUGGCACGUGAGGAAGUCUUGUGUCUGCUUCUGAUCAUAGCUUUAACUGGCUGCCAUGCUGAUUAUACAAGAAGUGGAUUCUGGGAUUAUUUCAGUCAAUUGGCCACCGAGAAGAAUGAAUGGAAUCCUCAUAAGGAUUCAGCAACAGAAGUCAGCGUCUUUAGAAACAGUUUUCAAAAUGGAGUAAACUACGUAGGCAAUAUCUUUAGUCCGUUGAAGAGUGGACUCCAGAAGCACUUGUAUGAAGACUCAGAUGGGCUGCGUAAGCUAAUACGUAGGGAACUACAGGACAUCCGGAGGAAGAUUUACCCAUUUAUAGAUGAAGCGCACGAGAAGAUCACCAAGAAUUUGGAACAAGUGCAAAACCGCUUGGUGCCUUACACUAAUGAACUAAAAUAUCACGUGACUUGGGGAGCCAAGGAGUUUAUUGCACAGUUUAGCCUCAGCAAAGACCCUGCAAGCAAUGGAGCACCACGUAAGCUAGCGGAAAACGUUCAAGACCAAAUCAAUCUGCAAACAGAGAAGGUAAGAAAAGUGCUGCUUCCACUGGGAGAGCGACUAUUAGCAGAGAUCCAUCAUGCAAUUGAAGAACUCCAUGGAAAUCUAUCUCCUCAUGCUCUGACCUCCCAGGAAAAAUUAACCGCUCAAGUACAAGAACUAUCUCGUAAAUUGACUCAGAACGCAAAUAACUUGCAUGAGAAAAUCCAUAAAAACUUGGAUGCACUGAAAGAACAACUUGGGACAUAUCCCCGAAAUAUGAGAGAAAGGUUACCAGACAGUCAGCCAGGUGAACCUGUAGCGCCCUAUGUGGAAGAGAUGGCAGCUCAGGUGCAGAGAGAAGUGGAGGAGUUUCAGAGGAAUACGCAUUUGCAGAUUGAACACUUCACCAAUACUAUUAAUAUGGAAAUGGAGGAGAUGAAGUUCAAAUUGUCUCCUGCUACAUCAGAAUUACAUGACACAGUGACUUCAGUAGAGGAAAUACAGGGGAAACUGGAGUCACUGUGGACAGAAAUAUCCCAGAACUUAAAAUAAUUCUGCAUGAACUUGGGGCUUAUUGACUGAAAACUAUACGGUACACUGUGCCUUAAAAUGGGACUCCAUUCUAUAAAGAAUGAAAGCACUUACUUUAAACUUCCAUGUGGACUUUAAUAUACUGUGUAUAAAGUGCCAUUUUCAAUAUGGGAUAUGGGGAAUUCCCUAGUUUUAAAACUUGAACUUUGGUCCAGUCAUUCUCUUGCAUGCGAGAUGUGUUUCCAUGUAAAAAAUGUCCUUGUAGAGGAAUCUCAGCUCUGGAAGUACACCAUUGGCAUUGUAUUUUUCCUGUAGCCAUAGUCCUGAGAGCCUCCAUUAGCAGCAUGCCUUUGUAA